AUGAAGCUUCUUCUGGAGCUGGGUGCAGAUGUCAAUAUUAUCCUUAACGUGGACAACGAAACACCAUUGAUACAAGCAGUGCGCUACGGUGACCUCAAAGUCAUCAACGUACUGCUAGAACACAGGAACAUCAAUCUCUACGCGAAAAAUCGGUAUGGGUACACGGCAUUGCAUGUUGCUACUUGUUACAAUCAGCUAGGUGCAGUCAAUUUGCUCCUAUCCAGCGAACGCCUUGAUGUAAAUUGCAGGGACCACCAAGGCAACUCUGCCUUCUGGCUGUCUGUACACCUCGGGCGGGACGAUAUCAGCGAGCGUUUUCUCAAUGACAGCAGAGUGGAUAUCAAUUUCAGGGGUGGCACCAAUCCGCGAAGGCAAACCACAGCUCUCUACAUCGCCUGUUUUCGCACUGAGUGUCCGGAUGGUUUCCUAGUGAAUCCAAAUAUCCAAGGAGAUGGCAGACAAAGUCCUCUUGGAGCUGCUGCUUAUCAAGGCGCCUAUGAGGUAGUGGAUAUGCUGCUCAAGGCAGAUGGUAUUCGGCUCAACGCAAGUGACGAAAGGGAAGACGAUCCUCUGUGGUUGGCAAUCCAAACGCGUUCAAUGUCGGUAGUUCCACUUUUCUUGAACGACAGCCGACUUGACAUUAAUUGCCAGAACAACCAAAAGGGAGAUACUUAUCUCAUUGCCGCAGUUCGCAAUGGCAAUCUUCCCUUUGUGAACAGGCUAUCGGAUUUAAAGGCAUUGAGCUUACGAGAAGGAAUAAGGAGGCUAAAAGUGCGCUAG